AAAUCACAUGUUUCUCGAAAUAAGAGUGGUUCAAAAACUCGAACACAGGUUGAUGAUGAAUUUUUUAUCUCUGAUGAUCAUAAUAUCCUCAACUCAGCUUUUUCUGUGUUCCGAUCCAAACUAUUCAGCUAAGUUUUCUCAAGCCCAAAGUCAAGAGGGAAACGUUCUCAUAUAUCCUCAGAGAAAUUCAGAUCAAUAUCUUCUUGAAAAGAGAACGAUACCAUUACUGUACAAUUCCAAGUAUCAAUCUGAUCCAGAUUUCCAGGGACCGUUUGAUCCCUGGGCAGGACGAAAACGAUCUGAAUUAUUAAAGAAUACCCAAAAAGCAAACAAACUUUUAAAUUUAAACAGGAACUUAAAUGCUUAUCAAGAAAUAAGCAAUAGCGGUAAACGUGACUUUGAACAAGGCGGCUUUAAUUCCAAACCACAAAAGAGGAAGAUUUUAUCUGUUGAUGAAUUCGAAGACUCUGAAGACGAAACAAGCCAAGAACUUUCUGAUGAGACAGGAAAUUAUGACUGUAAUAUCGGAAAUGGUUUAACAUCUUGUUAUGCUGAAAGGGGUGGAGCUAAGCCUACUGCAGAUGAAAUGUUAAUUCCUUGGAACAGUAAAAGUUUAAAUAAUUUUCCUGAUCAAAUGGAAAUAUUUGACACAGAACCUGAUAAAUUUGAAAUAAAAAAGAAUUAUAGUCCUUGGGGAGGAAAGAGGUCAAAAGUGGUUCCUUUCAGUUAUUCAAAUGAGAGGGGGAUUUCGAAUUAUGAACAAGAAGGAAAAAUUACUUCAGAAUUUAAUAACCGUAUAAGGAAUUUCAUUUUUUUAGCUGGGGGAAGGAACUACAAAGGACUAGUUGCUAAGGAAUUAAAGGAUUUAAAUGAGUAUAUAAUAAAUAACUUUUUAAUAAAUUCAAAAAAGUCAAACAUAAGAAAUAAAAGGGAGCUUUUAAAAGGGAAAAAAAAUUUAAAUGAUGAUGUGGGCUUUUAUGUUGAAGAGGAUAAAUUAAAUUUUAAGCAAAAUAAUGCUUUAAAUUCAUUUGGAAGCAAUAAUAAAUUAGAUUGGGCUAUUGAUACUCCAAAUAAUAACAUUAAUUCUGAUCAAAAUAAUUAUUUAGUUGAAUUUGAAGGUCAAGAAAAUCAAAAAGGUCAAAAUCAAAACACAAAGCAGUUGGGUGAACAAAAAAUUGUUCAAAAUUAUAGCUCGUGGGAAGAAAAAAAAAUUGGGGAGUUUUUGCGGGACAGUAGGAGUUUGGAUGAUGUGGAAAUUGAAAAGGAAGGAAAUCAGUCGAGAAAUUACAUUCAAAGUAGUCCUUUUAGAAAUCUUCGAAAUUUUGAACCAUGGGCAGGGAAAAGAAAUUUUAAUAUCCCUUUAAUUGAUGAUGUGGAAGAUAAUGAUAAAUGUUCUCCUAGUUUCAAUUGCUUCAAAAAACGCAUUAUCCAAAAUGAGAGAAAUGAGUCCAAAUCAACGUUAAGAAAUCUCCGAAAUUUUGAUGCUUGGGGUGGAAAAAGAAACUAUAAUGCAUGGGGCGGAAAGCGAAGUUAUAGUCCUUGGGGUGGAAAGCGAAGUUACAGUCCAUGGGGAGGAAAAAGAAAUUACAACGCUUGGGGAGGAAAGCGAAGUUACAGUCCUUGGGGAGGGAAAAGAAAUUAUAACGCUUGGGGAGGAAAACGAAGUUACAGUGCUUGGGGAGGGAAAAGAAAAUACAAUGCUUGGGGUGGAAAACGAAGUUACAGUCCUUGGGGAGGAAAAAGAAAUUAUAACGCUUGGGGAGGAAAACGAAACAACAAUGAUGAAAAGAAAAGUUACAAUCCUUGGGGUGGAAAAAGAAGUUACAAUGCAUGGGGCGGGAAGAGAAGUUAUAGUCCUUGGGGUGGAAAAAGAGCCAACAAAUGCGAAAAUUCUGCAGGAAGUAAUUCUAAUAACGGCCAAAUAAAAAAUGAAGAUAUUAAUUGGCUUUUGAAAUCAAAUCCUAAUAAAAUAAAAAGUAAGGGGAAAGAAAUUACUGUUAAGAAAAGAUUUUUUGAAAACCCAAAAUCAAAAUUGUUCUUUGUUAAAGGCGAUAUUAAUACUUGGAUAAAUAAAACAAGAAAAUUUAAUUCCUGGGGAGGAAAAAGAACUUUAUUGUUUUAGAGACAUUUUUAUGUCGUACCUAUAACACUUUAAGGUAGUAAAAGUGAAAAGAACUUGACUGAAGGAUCAAAAACAAAAAGUUUACUGUUAUUUCUACUUACAACAUAUAAUGUAAUAAACUUGCGUCAGUAAUUUUAAGAACAUUUGUUAACGGUUAGUUGUCCUUAAGUACAAUUUAACCACCUAAGCAGUUAUUUCUAAGAAUGUUAUUGUAAAAGAAGCCAGCUAUUCAACCAAUAAAGUAAAAACAACUGUU